CUAUACAUACUACGACUAUGUCCUCUUUUUUUAUAGGUUGGUUUUCACUUUCGAUGUUAUUAAUUUUUGAAGAACAGACUUUACGUUUAUUGUGUGUAUAUAUUUUUUUGUCAAGGUCGCUAUCAAAUUUUGCUGAUCGUUUUAUUUUUGUUGUGUAUCUUUUUAGUAAAUGCUUUGAAACUAAUUUAAAAAUUAUUUAUUUUUGUCAAUUUAGUGGAUAAUGCACAAAUAUAGUCUUUAAAAUUAAUUCUUUUUUUGCUUUGUUGAGUUUUUUGUGUUUAUAUAAUAUUUACUUUGAACAUUUAAUUGUAACAGUUAAAAAUUAAGUCAAUCAUAAAAUUUUUUAAUAAUGU